AUGUGGCGGAGCGGUCGUUGUAGCGAAGCCGUUGACAACGCUGUGACAGAGGCGGGGGUCGAUUUGAUGGAGGGCAACGAGCUAUGGCAGAGCAAAGGUCGGGUCACGUCGCGAUUGCUGGUCGAAGUGGAGGCGCACUCGUCAUCGUUGGGUCGAAGCGGAGGAAAGAGUGGUUUUGCAGUUGCCGUCUCGCCUAUUGAUUUUUAG